AAUCAUUAGGUGGAAAAAGACCCCAGUCCGAAGAAAAGCUUGACACUUCUCUCACGGAAAAUGAUGUAAAUGCUCAGACAAUUGGACAUGGUUUUGACCUCUGCGCUGACACCUUUCGGAUGAAAAGGCUCCUUUAAUGGAUUUCUCAUGUUUUCCUUUUGACAGUUCUCACCCAGUUUUGACUUUACGAUAAAUGCAAUUGAACUACAGCUAUAUCAAAUUGUAUGAAUGAAGUGAUAACUCUUCGAACAUGGCCACCGUGUACCUUGACAGAGAGACUCAACUGUAUCCCACACAUUUUCAGAAUGUGACUACCACACAAACUGAUGUCAGACAACACUACAUACUCUAUAGAAUUCUACAAAACUCUCUGUUGUCGACAUUUUCAAGAUGUUGAAACUGGGUUGGCAGCAGAACUUUGGGGCACCAUGGUCAAUGUGACGCCCAGUAUAGACCCAGCGACGGACCAAGAGGGGUACAACUACUUUGCCUUAAUAUUUGGCGUGCCUCUCAUCCUCAUCAUUAUCCUGGGUAAUGUGCUGGUGUGUCUCAGUGUGCUGACAGAACGUUCCCUGAAAACUGCAACCAACUACUUCAUAGUCAGUCUGGCUGUGGCCGACCUUCUGCUGGCCGUGCUGGUUCUCCCACUCUACGUCUACUCUGAGUUCCUGGGAGGCAUUUGGACACUGAGUAUGUACAUCUGUGAUGCCCUAAUGACUAUGGAUGUGAUGCUCUGCACUGCCUCUAUUUUGAAUCUGUGUGCAAUUAGUGUAGACAGGUACAUAGCGGUGGUGGUCCCUUUGAAGUACAACCGUAACCAGUUUAGUGUCCGUCAGUUGGCCUUGAUCACAGCCACCUGGGUGCUUUCCCUGGGUGUGGCCAGUCCUGUCAUAUUUGGCUUGAACCAGGUGCCCAACAGGAACCCUCAUGUUUGCAAGCUGGAGGACAAUCAGUUUGUGGUCUACUCCUCCAUCUGUUCUUUCUUCGUACCCUGCCCUGUCAUGCUCCUCCUGUACUACUGGAUGUUCAGGGGACUGAAGCGAUGGAGCUCUGGUCGUAGCCGGUCCCAUCUCCAUCAGGCACCCAGGGGGCGUAGAAGCCUCACUUUGCACCUGGGAGCAGCACUGCAGAAGGAGAAGGGAAGGGCGAAGGAGAAGGUGGUGUACCUCAUGCCUGGAGGUCUCAGUCCCACCUCGCUCUCCGCCACCCCUCCUACUCCACUCUCUUCAACCAGCCCAGUUACCAUUACCACAGAUGAGCAGGUAAAAUGUCAGAUUCCGAUUGCAGAGACCGACCCUAUGACCACCCAGAUGGAUAGUGUAUCAGAUGCAGAGAACCCUGACCGGCCUACGGAUGAUGAUAGUGGUCGAGAGAAUGGGGUGGGGAAGAACCAUCAGUCUCAUAAAGGGCGACGCCACAACAAGAGCAACAGGGUGAGCAGACGAGAGCGGAAAGCAAUGAAGGUGCUGCCUGUAGUCGUGGGUGUUUUUCUGGCUUGCUGGACUCCUUUCUUUGUGGUCCACGUGACUAAGGCGCUGUGUCAUUCUUGUGACAUCGGGCCAAUGCUGAUAAGUGUGGUCACGUGGCUUGGCUACGUCAACAGCGCUGUCAACCCCAUCAUCUACACUGCCUUUAAUGUGGAGUUCAGGAACGUGUUUCACAAACUUCUCUUUUGUCGCUCUUAAGAUUGAGCGAUUGCUUGUAGGACAUGGCCAAACUUAUCAACAUUCAGGACAGUAAUUUACACCGAAACAUUAUGGUUCAAUACAAAGGUAAAUGUCCACAACCACCUGGAUGAUCUACAGCGCACAGUCAGGGGUGCCCACAGAAUUCUGAUCCAUGGUACUUACAAAAUUGUAAUCAUUACUCAUAUAUAAACCCCAGCAGAUAUUUGUUUAAAUUAUGCUUUCUUAAUUCAAAUGGUUUGAUUUAACUUUAAUUUAAAUAUUCUAAUUUAGUCUUAAUUAAAAUAAUUGUAUGAUAAACUUGCAUUUAAACCUCUUAAAGGUGCAUACAGUAAUUUGGGGCUAAUUUAAAAAGUUUUACACAUUAACGAAUAAAUUCUGUUUUUGUGAAGAGUGAUAUCAAUGGUGAACACUCACAUGAAGGCUGUACUCAUAAUAGUUUUUUAUAAAAAAAUAUAUAUAUUAUACAUGGUGCGGGUCACCCCCAUCAAUGUCUGUCUCCAUGUUGAAAUCACAUGACCUGCGGUGUUUCACUAAAUGUCGAAGAGAAUCCUUGCGCUCAUUGGCUGCCACCUAUGUAGAUAAGCUUGGCUAUGCUUAAAAGAACUCAAUGGAACAUACUUAUUUAUCGUGCUUUAGCAGCCGAGAUAAUGGGAGAUCCAGUAGCUGUACUGCAGAAGAAGCAAAAAAGGACUGAAGCAAGAAGAUAGAAAGACCGGCAAAGGGUAAAAACUAGAGUAAACAUUGGUACGGCAUACACAAGAUGGAAGGAUUUAAUGGCGGAGAAAAAUCGAGUAGUGAUGAUGAUGUUGCUUCUUUGUUGUUGGACAGGUAAGGAAUAAAUAAUUGUUUAGACCACUCUCUAAAAUAGUAUCAGUGGAAUUUACAGUAAGCGUGUGUAGUCAACAUAUGUUAGUAAUGGAUAGUUUUCAGCAGUGUUUACAAAUGCAGCAGGAAAGCAACGUGCAAUUUUAUUUUCUUUGUUAUCACAGCUA